GGACAUAAACGCCAAUGGAUGAAUGAUGAGUUGGUUUAUUUAAAUCCUAUAGAGGGCGCCAAAUCACACACUCUCACUGAUGACCAGUUGUCCACAGGAAGAAGUAUUUUGAGGACAUUCCCUUUGCUUCAAAUGACCCUUCAAUGGUGUCACAGCGGGUGAAAUAGAGUUAGAUUUUGAUUUAUGGCAAACAUUUAACCUAACUUACACCGAAAAACAAUGUCAAAAACUUGAGGACUAGGUCUUUAACUCCAACCUACUUUAAAAGAGGAGGACGAACCGUGAUUUUAUUAAAUGUUUGGUCUUAUGUGGUAACAUAAUGAAAAUACAAGACCUUUAAAAUGCAAGAUAGUAAAGUUAGUGCCUUAGAUGUUGUUUGUUGGUUACUUAAACUGUAAAAAAAAGUCCUUGAGAGAAGAGGAGUAGUUCUGGGUCCAAGUCUGUCUGUAUUCUGUUGUUCUGAUGGUGCCUAAAACUAUUUACAUUUUAUCAAUUGAACAAUAAUUGUUUUGUUAGUUUAAAAAUGUUAAAUAUUACAGAUUAUAUAUUUCUCUUUUCAGUUUAUUCACCAAUAUUUUAUUUGAACUUCUAUGUGUGCUAUUGUAAUGUAAAGAAAAUCUUAAGGGGCAGAUGGGGUUUGGGAUGGAGACUAUUUGGACUUGGGUGCCAAGAAAGAGUAGUAUUGUCACUGUCUGUGGGUCAUCAACAACUUUCUAGAAGCAGUGAUGCAUAUUUGACCAACACAACGUCCAGUAUGGAGACAGAAUACUCUGUGUGACAUAAAACUCUUUUUUAUGUCCCUCUUUAUGUAGUAACAUCCAUGCAAUAGUAAAGACUGCCUUAAUGUCAGGGCUCUGUCAAUGCCACAUCUAUUGAAUUCCAGUGGUCCCAACCCUCCUCUUCUUCCUCUCCCUCUCCCCCUCCCAUCAGCAUCCAGCAGCUGCGCCUCUCCUGCCUUUCCUGACGCUGAGCACAGCCUCCCAUACAGAUGAGCGCUGGAAGCCACGCACCUCUUGACGUAGCCACAGACCGUUUGCGGUGCCACUCGGUCUCCGUAGCACGUAUUGCGCAACGUGACUGAUGCCUUACUGGCUCCACGGUGGACACAUCCGGCUCACACUGUCGCUUGGAUGCAAUAGAAAAGUCUCUAAACGCCGACGACGCAGCAGGCGCAGCGGAGGAACCAUCCACCGGACUGACAGACUGACUUGGACCCUCCCCUUGUCACUGCCAACCGGAGAGAUGAGCCGAGCGCACGGCGUCGGGCUGCAGUCGUGAUGUGACUGUGACAGUGCGCACCGAAGCAUCGCCACCAGCGGUUUAUCUCGUAAAAGAGAUCGAAUCGGAGAGGAUCUCACCGGGUUUCCAAUUUUUGGUACAGCAGAGGCUCCGUUUGACAGCAUGCAGUCAGUGCAGUAGCGGCGGCAGCAUCAGCAGCAGCAUCAGCAGCAGCAUCAGCAGCAGCAUCUCCAUCCUCCACGGAGCCAGCCGUGGCCACAGUUGGAACAGGGCAGCAAUGUUGGUGGGAACCGAACCUACAUCCAACCGCAGUCAACAACCCCUGAGUGCCGCCUUGGUUUCCAGUCUGGGAAGUCACCACUAAAGACAAGACAGUUUCUCUGUGAGUAAGAAGCCCACCUGCAGGCGAGGAGAGGAGGUGUUUGUGCUAAGGCCGGGCUCUCUGCAGCCCACUCCCCGCGCCAGCCUCCGCGGCGUGUCCGUGGAGCGAAUGCUGCGCCUUUUGACUUGAUGGCAGUGUCCGUUUGCCUCCUGCAUACAUAAAUACCGUUACAGUGUAUAGUGAGAAUAAAGUAGUCGGAGCGUGGUGCAGGAUCGUGCUGAGUCUAUGCACCUCUGUUAGGCUACAGCAGCCCGGAGACAGGACUUCUCACCAGUGACAGGAGGAUAUGCAGAGAUUAACGUGAAAAGGAUGGAUCUUAUUAUCUGUGUUUUGGGGCUGCUGGCACUGGUCGUGGAGAGCAUCCGUUGCCAAGGAGUGUAUGCACCUCCAACUGUUCGCAUUAUACACUCAGGACACGCUUGUAAUGUUGAGGAGGAGAGGCACACGGAGAGAGUGUACACAAUCAGAGAAGGAGAGACCCUGGAACUUACCUGCCUGGUAACAGGGCAUCCUCGGCCACAGAUCCGAUGGACAAAGACAGCCGGCAGUGUGUCGGAUCGUUUCCAGGAUUCCAGUGUCUUCAAUGAGACACUGCACAUUGCAAAGAUCCUGAGGACCCAAGGAGGUCGCUACUACUGCAAGGCCGAGAACGGCCUCGGUUCCCCGGCCAUCAAGUCCAUCAGGGUGGACGUUUACUACCUGGAUGAUCCAGUGGUGACCGUGCACCAGAGCAUAGGAGAAGCUAAGGAGCAGUUCUACUACGAGAGGACUGUGUUCCUCCGUUGCGUGGCCAACUCCAACCCGCCUGUCCGUUACAGCUGGCACCGUGGGAGAGAGGUCCUGACCCAGGGCUCAGACAAGGGCGUUGAGAUCUACGAACCUUUUUUCACACAGGGGGAAACAAAGAUUCUGAAGCUGAAGAACCUCCGCCCGCAGGACUACGCAAACUACAGCUGCAUCGCCUCAGUCAGGAACGUGUGUGGGAUCCCUGACCGCAACGUCGUCUUCAGACUCACCAACAAGACAGCCUCCCCUUCCAUCAAGCUGCUGGUGGAGGAUCCUAUCGUGGUGAAUCCCGGUCAGACGGUGUCUUUGGUGUGCAUCACCACAGGUGGAGAGCCUCCACCCAUACUCACCUGGGUCAGCACCAACGACAGCCUCCCGCAGAGGAGCGUGGUCAACGGUGGGACGCUCACUCUGCCGGCCAUCACCUCAGAGGAGGCGGGCGUUUACAGCUGUGUGGCCAGCAACAACGUGGGAAACCCGGCCAAGAAGUCCACCACCAUCGUGGUGCGAGCUUUGAAGAAGGGCAGAUUCUGGAUCACUCCUGACCCCUACCACAAUGACGACAACAUCCAGAUUGGGAGAGAAGUCAAGAUAUCUUGUCAGGUGGAGGCGACACCGCCAGAAGAGCUAACGUUCAGCUGGCUGAAGAACGGCCGUGCUCUCCGCAGCUCAGAGCGAAUGGUCAUUACCCAGACGGACCCCGACAUCUCCCCUGGGACCACCAACCUGGACAUCAUAGACCUCAAAUUCACAGACUUUGGCACGUACACCUGUGUGGCAGCACUGAAGGGAGGAGGCAUCCCUGAGAUCAGCAUUGACGUCAACAUCUCCUCCACUACUGUUCCCCCAAACCUGACAGUACCCCGGGGCAAGUCCCCCCUGGUGGCCCGAGAGGGUGACACUGUGGAGCUGGAGUGCCUUGUUUCAGGAAAGCCCAAGCCCAUCAUCCUGUGGUCCCGAGCAGAUAAGGAGGCGCCAAUGCCGGACGGCAACAUGCAGAUGGAGAGCUACGACGGCGUGCUGCGCAUCGUUAACGUGUCCAGGGAGAUGACGGGCUCCUACCGCUGCCAGACCAGUCAGUAUAAUGGUUUCAACGUGAAGCCCCGAGAGGCUGUGGUGGAGCUGAUCGUUCAAUACCCUCCGACUGUGGAACCAGUUUACACAGAGAUGCGUCAAGGCCUGGGCAGACCCGUGGUGAUGACCUGUCGGGUUUUACGAGCCCACCCCUCCCGUGUGCUGAGAUUCGAGUGGCUUCUUUCCAACCGGUUGCUUCAUGCGGGAGCCUUCGAUGCACAGAAAGACGAGACAGAGUACACGAUCCGUAACCUGAACAGAGAUGGUUGGGGGGAGUACACCUGCAACGUCAUCAAUGAGGCCGGUGCAGGCAAAUGUACAUUCCAGGUCACAGGAAAGGCCUACCCUCCUGAGUUCUACUACGAUACUUACAGUCCUCUGUGGCAGAACAGACCCAGAGUCUAUGGCUUCAAGCUGCAGUGGACUCAGAUGAACCCCAACGCUGUGGACCGCAUCGUUGCCUACAGACUGGGCAUCAGACAGAUGGGCUUACAGCGCUGGUGGGAGCAGGAAAUCCCUGUGGAUGGAACUAUCAACAAAGGAGAGCUCAUGACGCACAACCUGACGGAGCUGAUAAAGCCCGAAUCCUACGAAAUGCGCCUCACCCCCAUCACACGGUUCGGCGAGGGGGACUCCACCAUCCGUAUCGUCACCUACAGCGCUCCCAUCAACCCUCAUCUCAGAGAGUUCCACUGCAGCUUCGAAGAGGAGCCCAUCUGUAUGUUCACCCAGGACAAGAACGAUGAUUUUGAUUGGACUCGGCACAGCGCCGCGACCCGUGACACCAAGUACACACCAAACACAGGGCCGAGCGGCGAUCGCAGCGGUUCGAAGCAGGGUUUCUACAUGUACAUUGAGACAUCGCGGCCGCGGAAGGAAGGAGACCAGGCUCGGCUCAUCAGUCCAUUUUUCAACGUUGCACCAAAAAACCCUUACGGCAUCACCAACCCACCUGCCUACUGCUUUGGAUUCUUCUACCACAUGUAUGGAAAACACAUAGGAACACUAAAUGCGUUUCUGAAACAAAAAGGUCAAACGACCUCUGAUGGACCGGUGUGGUCUCUAACUGGGAACCAAGGUGACCGAUGGAAACAGGCCAAGGUCAGCAUUCAUCCAACAUCAUCUUUUCAGGUGGUACUGGAAGGUGUCAGGGGACCAGGCAUCGAAGGAGACAUCGCUGUUGAUGAUGUCACACUCGAGGAAGGGGAAUGUCGAGAUCCACCACCCAAUCCCGGGUCUAAGGCAUCAUCAACUGCCUUCCAUAUAUGGCUGCUAUGCAUCACCUUGGUGAUGACUCUUCUAGAAGGUCAAAGGUGACCCUUCUCUCAUCAUCACAGAGGCGAAUAUUCAGACCACACCGUCUGUGAGCUAUCCUCGGCAUCCAAUCACCAAAGAUUCAUGCAUCCUGAAAGCAGCAGAGUCCUCUGACAGACCACGGAGGGAUCGGAAUAAAUAAAGAGAAAACAAUUGUGAUAAAAAAAAGUAUGACACUUAAAGUAAUAAAGAAGAUGUGCUAAUUUUUUAAAGAGACCUCUUUUACAGAAAAAAAACUCCGUGGUGCAGGACUUGGGACGUCUUCACGAGCACAAAGACAGCGGGGCAGUGAGUAAACUGGACUUCAGUGAAAGAGUUUACAAGCACCGACGGAGUAGAAGUUUGUAAAGCACAAGAACUCAUUUAUGAAGUUAAGAAAAUUCAUUUGGGAGGUGGUAAAACACAGACACAGCCGACUUUUUUCCCUGCUUUUAAACUCAAUCUGAGUCAGACCUUUCUCUGUGUGUUUUGAUCCCAAUUUUCUUGCACCAGAUGCAAAUCCCCGAUACACGGUUUUCACUGCAGCCCUCGUCACACUUGGUGUUCCUAUUUUUCUCUGCUUGGUGCUUUACUGUAAAAAUCAUUGACCCUGGCAACUUUUAGUUCUGUCUGCUUACUCCCUCUGUAGCUGCCAAUGUAUCUCUUAACACUGUGCUCACGAGUCCAAGUGGCCAAACGACAGUAUGGCGGCAGAACAAGAAUCAGUUCAGGUGUAGACAGCUGGACUGGAGGGCAGAAAAGGAGUUCAAAGUGAAGAGCUGGAAUGAAUGAAAGUUUUGGGAACAAGGGCAAAGAAAAGUAGAAUGGAGGGAGAGGAAAAACAGGCAGAGGGAAGAGAAGGUUGAGAUCAGUAAGGCCUGACUCAAACAUCCGGUCAGCGGUCCACCUGUGGAACCGAAGCCACUUUACUUUCUGCCAUGAAAAGAAGUGCCUUCAGAAUAUAAACCUAAUCGUGAGCCUGGGCGUUAAUCGACAUCGAACACAUCUUUCUUCAUGUUUCCUCUGAUGGGCUAUUUUCUACGUUUCUUUUGCCCCACAAGUGCUGAUGGGAGGACAUGCCUGCUCAGAGGGAGUAUCGGGAUUGUACAACUCGUGGAGUUGCCUCCUGGUGGAACAGUUGCCUGUGUGUGUGUGCGUUUGAGUGUAAGUGUGAGUGUGUACGAAUAAGGUAUUGUAAUUGUGUGAGUGUGUGAGAGUGUGUGUGGGUGGGUGCCUGUGUGUGUGCAUGCACCUAAGCCUAUGCCUUUGUGUACAUCAGUGAGAGGGCAGCUGACCCCAAGCACAGGUUUGGAAACGGUGUGGAUUUACGAACAGUGGCAACAGUGACGGUGUGGCUCCGGAGCGUUUGUUGCUAAAGAUCAUGCAGGAGGAUUAAGAUGCUUCGUUUGACUCGAUUCCCAAACUUGGAUGUUCAUUUUUUUAGGAAAAUGAAAAAGAAAAAGGAAGGACUGCUGAAUCAAACGUUGUGAUGUACAGGGAGGAGAGUAGCAAUUUUUGGACUGCAGGCUCUUCAUUCGGGUGACUCGCCUCACCCUCCGUGCUCUACCAUUUAUAAGGAACAAUUCCAGAAUAAAAGAUAAUAAUGACCACAAUAAUAGUCAUGAUAUUUUAUUAUUCUAGCGAGAAUGUUUCUCUGCUUUUACACAAACUGUGAAGAUUGACUGUGGAAAAAUCUACCUGAGACCAUAAUCUUAACCAGCGGGGUUUUUAAAAAUGUAUUGUAAAAAAGAGAAAAUAAGAAGAUUCCGUACAUUGUUGGUUAUGACAGAUGUUUUGAGGACUUGUGUCUUGUUUCUUAUCUUUUCUGUUGGAGAAGACUUUGAUUCCUUUCUCUUCUUGUUGUCUCCCUUUGCAUCGCUGAAGUAUCAAAGCUGACGGAAGCAUACGACGUAAAACAAUUUGGUCAAUGUAUAGCUUGUAAAUGUUAAAGAAGCUCUAUACAAAGGUUUAUGAUUAAUGUUUUUUCGUGGACGUACAGGAAGCACAACACACCGUACAGUUCAAUAUGAAGCUCAUUUUAUACUUUUCCACAUGUCUGACCUACUCCUACAAAUUCAGGCUUAUCUUCGCUCCAAAACAAAUCCACCGUGUUCAUUUCAGUUACAUGUUAGAAUCCUGUUGAAUCAUACUGAAACAGACAAAGACACACAUCGAAGCCAGUCGUCAGUGUCGGCUUAUCUCCUGGUGUUGCUGUUGUUCAGCAUACUGUACGCAGCCUCUUCAGCAGAAGCCUGGGUUUGUGUGAGUGGGCCGUGUACAUGUGUAUGCAUAUGUUGUGUACAAUAGGUGUGAGAAGAAGCCGUCACGUGUACAAGAGGAUAAAUAUGUGGAGCAAAGCGAUAGACAGAGCAGAGCGAUAGACAUUUCAGGGCGUCUUUAUGUUCAGUAUCAUUCAGACAUUUCUCCAUUGUUUGUUAUCAGUAACAGCAGGAUUGGGUUGAACGUAAGUGGAGUCUUGGUGAGAAUUGACUUCCCCGACAUUAUGGGCAUCAAUCAUGUUGCUGUAUCCUUCAGUUGUACAGGAAAUCAUAACAAAGAGCCAAAGUGGUCUUAACUGUGACAGUUAGCGUACAGUACAACAGUAUGACUCGUGCUUUUUUUCCCUAAACAUCCAUUGUGGAAAUUUGUAACAUAUGAGCAUAAAGAAUGACAAGAAAAUACUGACAUUCGUUCAUGAAAAUAAUGUUUUUUUGGUUUUUCUUCCAAAGGCAAAUUUCAGACCUAAAAAGAAUCGUCCUCAACUAUUCUUCUUGCAAGAUUUCUUUUUCCUAAACAAGUAUCAAAUUGUUGCUUUAUUAUAACUGCCUGAGUUUAAAGCGUACAAACCAACUCUAAGCUAUAUUCUUUCUAAAGUACAAAGUAAAUCACUACAGUAUUUUGUCAUUUACUUUAUAUUCAAAUCCUCCUGAAAUGUUGUAAACUCUCUUUAAACAGUUUUAUGUUCGACCAUAGAAGGCUAUGAUGCUGGGUACAUCUCUGCAAAAACCGUUAUGUGCUUUUCGAAAAGGUUUGAGAAGUUUCCAAGUCUAACAACUUAUUGUUGUUGGAGUAAUUUAGCAAAACAUUACCAUUAACCAUGCACGAGUACAAAAAUGGUUUUUAAUCAAACACAAACACAUUUAGAAGUUAACUUUUUCAACAAACUCAAAAAAGACAAACUCAUUAUGAGAGUAACAACUAGCAAACUAGUAUAAGAGAGUACUGAUCCUGGUAGAACCCCGCCCUGGGAUCGGCUCCAGCCCCCAUGGUCCUGCGUAUGAAUAAGUUGUAGAUGAUACAGUGGAUGGAUGGUUAGGGUUAGGGUGUUCAGGUCAUAGGUUAAUAGGUCAGCAUCAGCCCACAGUCAUUGGUUUUGUGACUCAAUAACAGCAUCCACUCACUCUGGUGUGCAGUGCCGUCUUUAAUCAAAAAAAAACAAACAAAAACAGACUCACUCUUUCUGUUGCACCUCCCAUAAGGUUCGUCUGCCCGAACGAAACACAGCGUUGACGUCAUGUCUGACAGUUGUUGUUUUAAUCCUCCAGUCAUUUCUAGGGGCUCUAUAUUGAGAUGGUGUUGUAUUGGCUUGCGUCAUGUUUAUACCCAUCCAUAAAGUACGUAUACAUGAGGUGAGCAACGCGUUGACAGCUUUCGAUGUGAUGCAACUGAAGCCAACAGAGUGCGUCCUAAUACUGCAGAGUCAUGAAGAGUUAAAGCAAUAUAAUUGCCAUACAUUUUAGGGCUCUGAGUAAUACUUAGAAAAUAGAAUUGUUUUCUUCUUAAGCGUGUGAACAUAAACAACAGUCAGUUUUAUUGCACCAGAGAUGCAAUAACUAUUACAUUUCUGCAAGGAGGGAUCCAGGAUCAAGGCAGACUAAAUAAUGUUUGUUUGUUUGUUUGUUUGUUUUUUGCUUCCUGAGUCUAUGAUGCAUUUGAAAAAUACUCUUUUAAUAGUACAUAUAUUAAUAUGAUUUAAACUGAAGAGGAACUUGCAUACUAUACAUAUAAAUAUAGUGUAAGUACUAGAAUGGUAAAGAAAACAAAUGUAUGCACAUGGUGCAUUUUCACAUAUUGUUUCUGCAUUGCUGCAUGGAUUUAUUAUUGUGGCGGGUUUACCCAGUGUACAGUACAUGAUGUGCCGUUAACCUGGAGUUGGUGUGAGAUUUAGUUUAUUGGCUACAGACCAGAUUUCAUUGCUGUAAGCUGCAUCUCAGAUGUUUAAUUUAAUUAAAAUGAUCCUAGGCCAGUAUUAGAAAAAAAGGUACUCUAAACAGCUGCUUGCCUUAAAAUCAGCAAGUUCAAUCAUUGUAAUAUUUAGCUGUCAAAAAUAUUCCUGCAAGAAUGUGAAGGUCUUUUAUGGUUUGUGCGUUUAAACACAGGCAGUUACCUCCCGUGAUGUAGCAAACAGUCUUUUCAGUGAUUAGGAGUUUGGAAAUAACUGUACAUUUCUCUCCUUCUUCUUUUAUUUUCUGCACUCACUCAUUUCCUACUGAAAUGAACAGUCCUAACAGUUCUCUGAAACAUUCUCAUCUUUGGUUUUCAACCUAAAAGGGCUCUGUCACUCGGUGCCAUUUGUCACAAAAAUAAUCCACCUUUUCUACUAAUGUGUUAUAAUUCCAGCUGGUAGCUGCAGCUGUUAGCAUACACACCAGGCAAAGCUGAGGCCCCAGGUUGGAGAAAGCUCUGCAGUUGUAUUCCACCUGUUUUAAAAGGUUAGGCAUAAAUGAAUCAAACUGUCACAUUAACCCUGGAAUUUAAAAUUUUUUUAAUUUUUUUUUUCAUUCAUCCUUAGUAUUUUUCUCUUGCAGCCUAUUUUUCCCCUCCCACAUGACUAGGCAGUAUAGUGAGUGACUUGUCGGCAGGAGGCUGACGGGGGGUCUCACUAAAUAACUGGGAAAGGCAGACACAUUUCAGAGAUCUCAUUUUACUCUGUCAGGUAAGAAGCAGUAUGUCACAAUUUGAUACCCUGGCUGCUCAGUCUGACAACUUUACCACAGGGAGAACUGCCACCUCCUGCUCUCCACUCUCUCUGCUGUUGGACUGAAUCUGACUACUUCUCCAUGGCAUUCUCUCCCCCGUCCCCUUCCCCCUCCUUCUGCCCUUUUUCUUCAUUCACCUGCUGUGAUACGCCACCACAGGCCAGGCCAGGAGACUUUAGCUCCCAUUGUCCAUGUCUACUUAAUUACCAUCAGUGCAGCUGGCGGUUUGCAGCAUCAUAAAAAUGAAGAUGAUCCACCCUCACCUUCACCCUCACCCGACCACCUCACCCUCCUGUAAAGACCUGUGGAUAUUCUGAGAAAGUGAAGCUGGGGGAGAGCACGCAGUGUGUCGGUAAUGUUAUUUAUCUUGUUCUGUGCUGACUCCCUGUAAUGAUGACCUGCCACUCUUCUCUGUUCUGUGCUUUAUAUUUAUAUACCGUAUGAUCAGGCUUCUUCUUCUUCUUCUUCUUUUUCUUUCUUUUUUUUUUUACUGUAUUUCUUUGAAUUUGUCGCCCAUUUUUGUGCCAUACCUGCAACUAAUGAAAAAAUAAAGAAAAGGAAUAUUUUAUAAGCUGAGUCAAGUGCAUGCUCUACUUCGCUUGGACUACAAGAUAAUCAAUGUGGGAACAGAGUAUCCUAUCACAUUUCAUCUUCCCCGUGCUCUUCUGGUGUCUGUGCUCUGCUUGUACUUGACACUUUUCGUCCCUCAGUUUUUCAAAAGGAAAUUCAGUGUAUUCCCACAGCAGUCACACAGCUCUGACUCAAAGGCCAGAAAACAAAAGCCUUAGUGUUGUGCAAAGUGUUCUUUUGACAGUACUCCCUAGAUUGUGCUUCUUCUGUAGCACUGGCUCGCUCUCUCUUCUU